AUGUUUGCGCUUACUUUCUUUGCAGUUUUUGUGCUUUUUGCGAACGAAGGCAAAACACUAAACGCAGAAGGUAUUUGUUGCGAGGAAAUAGAAUCUUUGUUGAAGAACAAAACAACUGCAUACCAAACUGUGUGUUUGGGACGAGAGAGUAGAUUGUCGAGGAACUGUUGUAGAAAUAUCAAAAUUGAAAUCGAGAAAUAUCGUUAUGCCUACAAGACGUUGUGUCCAACAAUUGCAAAACUUGUGACAACACCAACAAUAACACCGUCAACAACAACGGCAACAACAACAGCAGUAACUAGUUCACCCUCAACAGGUAUGCUUGCUUUUAACUGGUUUUUACCCUUUGUUUAAACAAUUCAUGCGCCCUUCGCCUCACACUGAUAAUAAUAAAGUGUUAUUGCUACUGCUCCAGGGGAGCUUGAGUCUAGGUUUCGUCGUGUUGAAAAUUUGUAGGUGGCGUUUUGGAUUCCGUUGACCAAGUAAUGCAUUGCGCACUUCUGAUCGUGAUUUGCGCACGAUGCAAAAUAUAUAUGCACAGAAUACAUUACCACACUGCAACAUUGCUUGGUGCAGUGUAAUAUUAAAUUCUUAUGCUCGUCAAGACUGUCAAGUGAUAACAGCAUCGAACAAUACGAAUAGAGAGGUCCCUUUUCCCCCUGCUGUUUUAAAAUUGUUACAAUACGCCUAAUACUAUACAGUAGUGCGAAUAUUAACCAGUUUCUCAUUUUCAUUAGCUUCGGUACAUGAAAAGUUACAUCUUUCAAUGGACGUAAACAGAAUAUCGAUGUCUCAAGAAAUGUCUACUACUGAAUACUGUACCAACUGUUAAUGUCCAAUCUAUAUAAUUAUAUGUUGCACGUUUAUUCUAUCUGAUCGCCGCGUUGCAUGUAGUAUCCUCCCAGGGUAACCAUAUAGCCUUAAUUAGCUCCAGGCUUCCCACAACAAGCAUAAUUGUCAUGUGUCCCUCAAGUAAUGCUAACUCUUGAAGCACGAGUGUACGCCUGAACUGGCGUCUUAUUCAAUGUCGUUUACACAGAGUGUGGUAACCGCUAAAGAAAAACAGAAUAAAUUACGGUAAAACACAACAGAAUACAAUAACGGAAGUGAAACACUCUUUGUAUUUUGACUGUAAUAACCUGUUGAUUCAAUGAACAUUCUAUUUCCCUUAUCUAGAACCUCCUGUCAUUCGAUGUAAAACUCCUUUGGGAAUUGAAAAUGGAAAUAUAUCUGAUGUAGCUAUGACGUCAUCAACCAUCUUAGACGCCAUCUCUUUGCCACAUUUUGCUCGUCUGAGAAAUCAACUUGGUGGCUGCGCAUGGAUUCCAGCGAAGAAUGCUGACCGUAACUCAUUCUGGCUUCAGGUUGACUUGGGAAGUCUGACAAAUGUGUCAGCGGUCGCUAGCCAAGGCAGUUGUUCAAGUGACCAAUGGACAAAGUCAUACGUCAUCAUGUAG